GUCUCGCGUUUAAGUGGUCCAUCAAUUCCAUGUCGCCUUUGGUCCUGUUCUUUCAUUACGGAGUUCUGGCCAUUAUUUUCGGAAACGGUAAGUUGCUUUUGCCUUUGCUCAUCCUUAACCGCUACUUUAAUUACGCGUUGACUCGUCUUUAACGUAAAUUCGAAAUUUCAAAGUUUUAAUGAAAAGAGUUUGCCGCGAUGCAUUAAAGAAACCGCAAAGAGGGUUCUGUGCCAUCCAUUUGUUUUUUAAACUAGACGAAUUGUUAAACCUAUUCGUUUUAAGAGCGAUUAUUAAAUCGUGUCUGUUUAUUAAUUUAAUUUUAUCUAGAUAUUUGAAAGGCGUACUGUUUGGUAACCACUUUAUAAUAUUUUCUUGCACGUUUCAUUUCAAUAUCCUGUGCUUGAUAAAGUUAUGAACAUCUCUCAACGAGCAAUGCAUAAAUUAAUCCGUAAUUUUCUUUCAUUAAGGAAGCUAUUUAACGAGUGAAAAAUCAAACGAUGUUUACAGUUAAUUCCUUUUCAUUUUCUUCCCGAACGUUGAAUCUGAUUAAUCUUGAUUCAGAUGGAUGGUUUGUCGGCGUCGUUAUUUGUUUCAAGCAAGUAUAAAGCCUCCAUAAUCCGAAGAAGGAUUAAAUAAGAUUGCAGGUCUCUUUCCCGACUAAAUCUCUCGCAGCGAGGGAAUAUGAAAAUUCGUUAUAAGGAAACGUUAUCUUCUCGUUUCAUUUUUGCCAUAAAAGAUGGUAUAAUCAUUUUGCAUACAAGAUUGAAUCUCGAUAGCAGAUCGAAAGGAAAAUGCUGAUUAAGAACGAACUGCCUAGUGAUUAAGGGCAAUUUCUUCUGUCUCCUCGAUAACUGAAUUACUCGUUCGACAGGAUUUCCCCAGUUGGAAUUUCAUGAACUUCGAUCGAGUUGUAAAUCAAUUUCUUCCAACAUUUUCCCGCCAGUACUCGAAGAACUUGACCGCAACUUGGACGAACGCUUUUUUUCGUGUUGCAACUUGAACAUUCAUUUUGGAAGGUUUCGAGAUUGCAAAGUUCCACGACAGGAUUUUUUCUCGCAAAACUUUCAAACGCAUUCUUCGAGAUUUCCGUGUUCGAUUAGAGUGCGCUGAUGUUGACGAAACAGAGGGAAUACAUUCUCGUUAGAAUGCAAAUAGCCAGCGGAGAAGUUGGAGAAGAGAAUACAGCUUGCGGAGUACUUUAAUUUCUUUCCUCGAGAACAAAUGGCUCAAAGAUGUUCAUCGCGAAGAAUUAUCGAGGCGUUUGCAUUGUGGGAAAUGCUGGAACGAGCUAUAAAUACCGCUACAAAUCGAGGUUAGCGAAAAUAAUGACGAAGCAAACGGAAUAAAAUAUAUUAAAAUGUUUGUCUGGUUAACGAAAAAAUGUCGAAUCGAAAGAGACCGAAUCUUCCUGCGUAUAAAUUCGAAAUAGCCAGGGAACAUGGCAACAAAGAGGAAAGGGAGAGUAGAGGGAAGAGCGGAAACCCGAUAAAGCUUGGACACUCGACGAUUCUGUUUGAUACCACGCGAGCCUGGAGUGUCCAUGAAUUACCGUGCAAAUCCAGGAUGCAAUGUUGGAAAGCUCCGCAUCGAUACGAUCCUACAAAACGUGGAAAAUGUACAACGCCAAGCUCUUCAUUCUUGCGAAGCACCAACCAGCCGUCUCUUUUAUCCGUUCCGACUGCGAGAGAGAGAGAGCUAUCGAAAAAGCUCUUCAACCGCGAAAUAGAGUCCCGGGUUUUGCUGCGCUAAAUCGAAGUCGAAUUUGUAACGAGAUACCGCGAAAUCCUUCGUGGGACCGAAAGCAUAUCCUUAUGUUCGUUUCUUCCGAAUAUUUCUUCCUUACGCUUCCGUUCGAUCGAGAAGCUCUCGAGCGUGCUGCGCUGGAAAUCUUCUAAACGUAGUUCUACCUCGAAGUGAAACAAGUUUUAUCGAAUCAUAAUUUGAUCCUUCAUUGAUCGCAUUCGUGGCGAGGUAAACAAAUAGAUCGAUCUACGAACCGCUUGGCGAAUUUCUACGGGGGUGAGUAUGCAAAUUUCGACGAUGUUCCGAUCGCGAAUUAGUGGCGAGAGGGGUGAAACGGCCCUUCGACGUUUACACGAAAGGCUAACGCAAACGUUCGAUAACGAAGUUUGCCGCUCGUCUUUGCUAAGAAUCCAAACAAGGUAACCACUUUUAUCGUUGCACAUCAAAUUGUCCGCCUCGAAACGAAGUCCGAUUCGGGACAAUCCCGUAAAAAUUUAUAGAACGCGGUGAGAUAAUAAGUUAAUAAGCUUUUCUACAGCCGUCAUCUUUUUUCCGCUAACGGGAAAGCGAAGUGCACCUCGUAAACACGAUGGAAAAACGAAAAACCCACGAAUUUUAGCGUUGAAAAAGUUUACACACCGAUUGUUUUGAAAGCUUGAAUUUAUUACGCACUGCUGGCAAACAACGUUGCGCUGAAUAGAAUUUUUUGCGAGCGAGAAAGGAGGAGCUUUAAAGCUCUUCCCAUAAAUGUUCAAAUCGAUUUUAGUCUGUUAGGAAUUAAUUUGUCAUUCGGAUAAGAGGUACUCGGAAUAUAGUACGUAUGUUUGCUCGACCAUGUAAUCGUACUUCUUCGCGAAUGAGCUUCUUAUUCUCAUUUAUUUUUCUCUCGUUUGAUCGGUUAAAUGUCACUGAAAUGUUAUUCUAAAUGCGUUCCCCUCGACGCGAUCAAUCUCGUUAUAAAUUAUCGGCAUUCGCAAAACAGGUAAAGUCCUUAAAGAUUAAUAACGAAAUUUGCUCGAUAAAAAUAGAUCCCUUGUGUUUUCGCUUGAUUAACUCAUCUAAUAAAUUUGCCUCUUCUACGAGGCCAUUAAAACGCGAUAAACCAAUGUUUUCGAGUAAACCGUCGAAUCUGUCUGCUCGUGGAUCAGCAGUAUUUUCCGAUAACUCUUUUUCGGGGGGAUAUCGGAAUCACUUGUAAGGUUAUCCGUUAAACGAUUCAGAAAAGUGAAACGCCUCCACGUAUGGAGGUGACUACCUACCUAUAUCACUAUGUGACGUAGAUUUAACGAUCGGAAUUAAAAAGGGUUGGGGGGAAAAUUUGGAGGUCCUUCGAGUUCUUCGGGGUUUUCGUUAUCUCGAUCAAACUCGAAUCAAUUAACUAUUAACGAAGUAAGUUAUUUGCAAGCAGUUUAUAAAAUCAAUUAGCUUCUCAAAUGUUUAAUUUGAUUCAAGCCUUCCAAUUUAAAUUUAGUAGCCUAGCAAAAAUUCUCCUACCUUCAAAGUUUAACGAUAUCGAAUCUAAACUCUCCGAUCAAUGGAGGAAGUUUCUUCGUCCAUGUACAUUAACUUUUGCUCGUACGCGUUCAAUUAACAGAUGAAAUUUUAAUCCGGCUGUUACACCAUCUUUUUAAACAAUGCGUCUCAGCCAAGAGAUGCUUUAUCUAAUUGAGGUUUGGCGACAACGCCUGGUAAGCUUUGAGAAGACGGAAUCGAAGGAAGAUUAGUCGACGAGAGGGCUUCCUCGCGUUUCAAGAUACAAUACCCGCUUCAAUGGGACGAACGCUUCUACCUACGGUCUGGAAACGCCACAAUGGAUACUCUUGAUGUAACGAAAGGAAUUAGAUUUGUGAUUAGAGGAAACGAGCAGACAUGAUAGAAUUGAAACGUAACCUAGUUUGACACGGUUUAACGCGGCUUGAUUCUGGAUUAAUAAUGUUAACGAUUAUCGUCGUCUGCGGUCUAGAUCGUUCGUGGAAAAAGAAGUCGAAAAGUCCUUUACCGUUCUGCGAUGCACAGCUUCCUUUUCGAGAUACAACCUAUCAAAGGAUUUUCGACUUCCUUUUUCUAGCUAAUCAGCGGAGCUUGGAAGUUUUUUUGAGAGAGAGUUAUAUGUACACUGGGUUUACAGGUUUCGGAGAUGAACACGAGUACAGACUGACAAAGUAUCUGCUCGAUGGAUACGACGCUGGUGUGCGACCAGCUAAAAAUUCUUCUCAACCCUUGGCGGUCGUCUUUGGACUUUCUCUUCAUCACAUAAUCGAUGUUGACGAGAAGAACCAAAUACUUACGACGAACUGCUGGGUGACGCAGGUCUGGACGGACCACCAUCUCAAAUGGAACGCUUCGGAAUUCGCUGGAAUUCGAGUGAUUCGCGUACCAUACAAUCGCGUUUGGAGACCGGACACGAUUCUCUACAACAACGCGGACCCGCAAUACAGUUCGGCAGUUAUCAACACGAACGUGAUCGUCAGUCACACGGGAGAAGUAGUGUGGCUAAGCCACGGAAUAUUUCGCAGCAGCUGCGAUAUAGACGUAGAGUUUUUUCCUUUCGACGAACAGCGCUGUGUCCUGAAAUGGGCAUCCUGGACGUACGAUGGCUAUCAGCUCGAAUUGGAGAGGCAGAGCGAGCAAGGAGACGUGAGCAAUUACCAAGCGAACGGUGAAUUUGACUUGGUCGAUUUCUCCGCGAGAAGGAACGUCGAAUAUUAUUCCUGUUGUCCGGAACCGUAUCCAGAUAUCACCUACGAAAUACGUCUGAGACGUAGGCCUAUGUUCUACGUCUUCAAUUUGAUACUUCCUUGUAUACUCAUCAACUGUGCAGCCCUGUUGGUAUUCUACAUGCCCUCGGAAUCGGGUGAGAAAGUCACCCUCGGGAUAUCUGCUCUUCUUUCUAUGACGGUCUUCCUAAUGACUAUUCGCGAGACACUGCCGCCCACGGAGAAGACCCCUCUGAUAAGUCUUUAUUACGGAGUCAGCAUCUGCUUGGUAUCUUUCGCUUUGGGUUUAGCCGUGGUUACUUUGAACGUUCACCAUCGCGGCGUUCGAGGAACCAGAGUACCGGGAAUCGUUCGAUCUUUGUUCUUGGAUAAACUUGCCAGGAUAGUGUUCCUGAAUUUCCAAGAGGAGAAGAGAUCGGAACCGGUCGAGCCACCCAGAAGAAAGAACAACUGUCCGUUGCAUUGUAAACCUGAAGUGGCACAGUCGCAGUCAUCGCCAAAGUUCGUGAGCAGAAGGGAGGAAAGCAACAGUAGCAGUCCAAGUUUGGGUGAGUUUCGAGCUCCUCGUAGAACAAUGAAUUGGAAAAAACCAACGACUGGUGCAGAUCUAGGAAAAGAAGGUGGCCUUGAAGCGCAAUGGUCGCGAGUCCUGGGAAGAGUACACGCGACGAUCGAGAGGAACGAGAAGCGACUGGCGGAGCAAGAUCGUCGGGAAAGGAUGGAAUUGGAUUGGAAACAGGUCGCUUUGGUCAGCGAUCGAGCACUUUUGUGCGUCUUUUUCCUGACGACGAUCGUCAGUACCACCGUCAUACUGUGCGGCUCACCACCGACUACGAAUAUCGCCAAAGAGGGUUAACAAAUCCGUGCGAAUAGAAUGUCGAGAACACGGGAAUAACUUUGUUUCGAAUAAGAAUCGAUGGUCUUUCCUUCGAUGUUCAGUAAGGUAUUACGAUCACUUUUUGUUUCUCUUUCUUUCAUUCGCUUUUAGGAACGAUCUUGGCAAUUCUCUUCCUUUUUUAUACAGUAAAGGAGAUAAUUCGUUAAGUGGUCUGUAAAUAUACGUGUGUCAAGCGAUAUCGAAUCGAUUCACUAUAAGUACUUUAAAAAUAAGAUGUAUAGCGUUUGUUUACCAGAGAUAAACUGGUACGGAAAUAAAGCCUCUGUUUUA